GGCGCUUCCGGUAUGGGCAGCGUGGCUCCCGGAGACAAGAUGGCGGCGCCCUUGUCUCUCCAGCUGGAGUUCGGAGGCGGAGCAGAACUCCUGUUUGAUGGGGUACGAAAACAUCAGGUGAAUUUGCCCCACCAGUCUGAACCUUGGAAGCUUCGACAUUUGCUGACAUGGAUCAAAGAGAACCUCCUGAAAGAGAGGCCUGAAUUAUUUGUGCAAGGAGACUCAGUCCAGCCGCCCUCCGAUUGUAGAGGCUUAACCCUCCGCGUUCAGUCCUGAGUGAAGAUGAGAAACAAAGAUCUCUCCCUCAGCUGGGCCUGUCUUCCUAAUCCUCCACGCCACACUGCCCCUGUCCGUGGAAGCGUCUCGCUCUCCCGUAGCUGACGUUUUCGAGGGUGUCUCCACGCCAUCCGCCUCCCGCCAUUACCAUCCUGGAAGAACGGAGACGGUCGACUUCACGCAGCCUUUGUGGAAAUCCUCCCCCUUUUCAAGUCCUUCCCCCUCCCACCCCUUCCUAAAUUUCCCCUCUGCAGUGAGACCAGGAUGGCCUGGUUAGCAUUCGUCCUGUCAUCCCCUCCAUUCGGUGUGGGAGGGCAGCUUGGGGCGCCAGUUCUUUCCAACCCCUGGGAAAUACAAUAGCUAGGAAGCCGAAGAUAGAUUGGGGGGGGGGGAUUCCUGUCGAUCACGAUCCCACAGGCUUUCUGUGGGAUCUUAGCUGAUACUUCGCUUUUUUUUCUUUCACCGCAUCCAUGCUCAGUCCGCAGGGCAGAUUUAAAUUACAGGCAUGAACAGGAUUGUACCAAGCCGGUGAUGACGUGUUGCCUCGGAGCAUUUUAGGACAGAUAUCUCUCAAUCAGUCACAGCCUAUCCCGAUGCUAACCAGGGUUGCUUGGCCUCAAGGCCGUCUGGCAUUCAGCCUAUGGGCACUAGUCUCCAAGGACCUUCCAAACGAGACCACCCCAAAAACCUUUUUAAGGUGGGCGAAUCCGAAAACCCGCAAGGGGGGGGGAAACACCACCCCGCUUUAAUCCUUAACGGAUGCGAACUUCAGUUGUUGGAAGCGGAUUUGCAAGCGACUGUCACAGCCCGUAAGAAGCUAAGGAGGCCGGGCUAAAUUUGCAGCUUGCCGUUAACGAUGGAUCUCCUUGAUGGAUGUCACUUGGUUAGAGAGGGCAGAAUAAAUGCUGCGAGGAAGCUGUGAAAAUUGCAGGGGUCGUUCUCCCUUGAAGAGGAUUAAAAGCAGGAAGGGUCAUAGUUCCAGCAUACGGCAACAUUUUAAAAGGCCUGGCAGGACAACAGGAGUUCUUAAAACCCUAAUUUAAUUCACGUACGGGAAAUAGAUCUUGGCUGAACCUUGGGAGAAAUUUUUGGGAGGGCGGAAAUAAAUCAGCCACGGGACGUGGUUUAAGUGCGCUCCCAGACAAAUCCUGCCACUGCCGAACAGGUUCCUAGACCCACAACCUGUUCUCUUAACAGCUUCUCUGUUUUCC